AUGGGAGGUAUUGGAAAGACAGCCUUGGCUCAACAGCUGUAUAAUGAUGCCAAAGUGAAUAGAUGUUUUGAGAUGAGAGCAUGGGUUUGUGUUUCAGAUGUUUUUGAUGUUCUCGACAUAACAAAGACUAUUUUGCGGUCAAUUACUGGGUUGCCCUACGAGGGCAAAGAUCUAAACGAGUUUCAAGUUAAGUUGAGGGACAAUCUUUUUGGAAAGAAGUUUCUUGUGGUUCUAGACGAUAUCUGGAAUGAGAAGUACGAAAAAUGGACUGACCUCUUAAAGCCAUUUGUAGUGGGUGCUAGGGGAAGCAAGAUUAUUGUUACGACUCGCAACGAUGCUGUUGUUUCAGUAACAAAAGCACCGCCAAUUCCUUUGAAGGAAUUGUCCCUCGAUGAUUGUACAAGCUUAUUAGCCUUUCAUGCUCUUGAAGCAACAAAUUUUAAGAGCCACCCGGAAUUUGAAACAAUAGGCAAGAAAAUAGCUAAAAGAUGUAAAGGUUUACCUUUGGCAGCGAAGAUGUUUGGCGGUGCCCUACGUAAUAAAAUGAAACCCAGUGAAUGGGAAGAUACCUUAAAUAACUUAAUAUGA